UGAGAGCCUAUUGGCUGGUACGUCCGGCUCGAGCCAGGAUUGGCCGAAGCCACGCCCCCUGGAGUGUCGGAAGUCGCGCGCGGGAGACAACCCUGGAGGACAUCAUGAAGAAGCCCCGAGCAGCUGUGAGAAUUCACAGGAAGCAGGCAGCCUGUCUGGAGGGAAGGGAAAAUCAUGCUCUCAAUAGCACCCAGGCCAAGCCUUCUGCCCCCGAUGCCUGUUCAGUGGCGAUUCCUGAGUGCCCUGGGGCUUCUACAGGCCUGGUCAAGCAGAAUGAAGUAUUGCGGGCCUCUGUCUGCCCGUACCAUCUAUUCAGAGACACAGCUGAAGUCACAGUCUUUCGGAAUAGCCUGUUGAGCUGGUAUGAUCGAGAGAAGCGGGACCUACCCUGGAGAAGAUGGGCAGAAGAUGAGGCUGACUUGGACAGGAGAGCAUAUGCUGUGUGGGUGUCAGAGGUUAUGUUGCAGCAGACCCAGGUUGCCACAGUGAUCAACUACUAUACCCGAUGGAUGCAGAAGUGGCCAACACUGCAGGACCUGGCACGUGCUUCCCUGGAGGAGGUGAACCAGCUUUGGGCAGGCCUGGGUUACUAUUCCCGAGGCCGGAGGCUACAGGAGGGAGCGCGGAAGGUGGUUGAGGAGCUAGGGGGCCAUGUGCCACGUACAGCAGAGACCCUACAGAAGCUUCUGCCUGGUGUGGGCCGGUACACAGCUGGAGCCAUUGCUUCCAUUGCCUUUGGUCAGGCAACCGGUGUGGUGGAUGGGAAUGUAAUACGGGUGUUGUGCCGUGUCCGAGCCAUUGGUGCUGAUUCCAGCUGCACCUUUGUCUCUCAGCAGCUCUGGAGCCUAGUCCAGCAGCUGGUGGACCCUGCACGGCCAGGGGACUUCAACCAAGCAGCCAUGGAGCUAGGUGCCACAGUGUGUACCCCACAGCGCCCUCUCUGCAGCCAGUGUCCAAUACAGGACCUGUGCUGGGCACGCCAGAAGGUAGAGCAGGAACGGCUCUCAGGUUCACGAAGCCUGCCAGGCAGUCCUGAUGUGGAAGAAUGUGCUCCCAACCCUGGACGGUGCCAGCUGUGCCCACCUCCCUCAGAACCCUGGGACCCCACCAUGGGAGUGACCAACUUUCCUCGAAAGGCCACCCGCAAGCCUCCCAGGGAGGAAUGUUCUGCCAUCUGUGUUUUGGAGCAGCCCAGAGCCCAAGGGGGAGCCUGCUUUCUGCUGGUGCAGAGGCCCAACUCAGGUCUGCUGGCAGGACUGUGGGAAUUUCCUUCCAUAACCUUGAAGCCCUCUGAGCAACAUCAGCGCAAGGCCAAGGCCCUGCUACAGGAACUGAAGAGUUGGGUUGGGCCGCUCCCAGACACCUCCCUUCGGCACCUUGGGGAGGUGAUCCACACCUUUUCUCACAUCAAGCUGACCUAUCUUGUAUAUGGUGUGAUUCUGGAAGGGCAGACCCCAAAGACUCUACCACCUGCUGCUCGCUGGCUGACUCGAGAAGAAUUUCAUACUGCAGCUGUUUCCACUGCUAUGAAAAAGGUGUUCCAAAUGUAUGAAGACCAGCCAGGGAGCUGCAAGGGGGACAAGAACAAGUUGGUGAAGGCAGUAGUGUCACAGGGUUCUAAAAGGUCCCAGCCAUCCAGCCAAAAAAUGCCCAGCCGGAAAAAACCUAGUCGGGGCCAGCAAGUCCUGGAAAAAUAUUUUCAGCCUCAUGUCCCUACUGAUUCACAAAGCCUUAACAGUGCUGCCUAAUUAUGCUAGAAGCCUUUACCUGAAAACCCUGUUGUUUAAUAAAGAACUUAUUUUUGUAGUGAA